AUGGACAGCAGACUCGACAAUAACGACGCUGAGAGCUCAGCACACACGAUAGAUUCAUCUCCACCAGAUUCAGAAUUCACUGAUGAAGAGGCGCAGUUGGGCGAUCAUCACGACGAUUACGGCGAGCAGCAGCGACUCAGUCUCGUCAGCUACCACGACGAAGAGGAGCAUCAGGAUUUUGUGCAGAAUGCCGAUAAUGUCGAUAAUGCCGAUAACGCCGACGAGACGCUUGCUUCGCCUCUUAUUCAGGAUUUCAGCUUUAGGAAGAGCUACAAACGGCGCAGAGACCCCUCACGCAGACAAGGCACCCUAUCAAUACCCUACGCAAGUUUCAAUAUACUCAAUUCUACCCUUGGUCUUGGUUUUCUGGCUCUACCCAGCGCACUUUCAAAGACUGGCCUCCCACUUGGAAUAAUCCUGAUUACCAUCAUCAGCUUUCUCGCAGCGGGCUCGCAUAUCGUUCUCGUUAACACUGGCAGAUACCUCGGCGUGCGCAAGAUCGAGGAUGUCGGUGGCGGUGCUCUUAAGCUUGGCACAAGGGGAAAGGGCAUAACAAAGUUGAUUGUUAGGAUCAUUGUCGUCAUAACGGGUUUUACAUUGGUGGUGUCCUAUUUGAAGCAUAUCAGGAUACUUCUACACCCACUUGCGCUGGCCUGGUUUUCUAGCUCAUCCUUACAAUCUUCAUUCUCCCUCGCUUUAUUACCAGCAGUGAUGGCUGCACCGUUUACGCUCACACGAUCAUUAUCUCAUGGCACAAUCUCGAAAAUGUCCAUUGUCAUCUCACUCACCUAUCCUGUUCUACUUGGUUUGGUGGCUAGCAGAACGAUGAGGUAUUCCGAGCUGAGACUGCUCGAUUUCCAGAUGUACAAAAAGCUUUUGAUUCACCAUCUCAAUUGGAAAGCACUCAAGAAACAUGCUGAACAGCAGGGCAUCUGGAGUAGUAUUUCCACAAUUGCUUUCUCGUUUGCUAGUCAACAUCUCACUUUCCCACAUCACCGCACAAUGCGCAAAUCCUCCCAACAAACAUUCAACAUCACCGUCUUACUAGCCUAUUCUUUGAUAUUCAUCUUAGCGUUACCAUUUGCGGUCGUGCCUUAUGUUGCGUUCGGAGAGUCGACACCAAUUAAUAUUUUCGAUGCGCUUCCAUCGCCAAACAAUGACGGAGGCGUGGAUGCUGCUAGAGUGAUGGCUGCUUUAGGCAUACUGGGUACAUUACCAUUUGCAGUGUACACCACCAGAGAAGCGAUACUAAGAUUGUUGCACAUUGAAACUGAACAAGAAGAGCCAAACAGACGCACGCAGACUAUCACAACUGGUGCCAUUUGGAUACUUGCUAUUGUGUCGGCUAGUAUAGGCGAUUAUACUAUCUACCAAACAUAUAUAAAUAUCGCUAGGCUGACUUGCAUAGCUUUGGGAUAUCUACUUCCUUCUGUGUUUUUCGUUAUACUCUAUCACGUCAAACGACCAGCACCAAUCGUCGUGAGCUCAAACGAUGGAUUAGUAUCAACAGAUGCGUUGCUGGCUAGGAAAGAGCGUCAGCUUCAGAAACGGAGGUCGCUUCUCAGACUUUGCCAUGGGCGACUCAGCACAAUCAGACGCAGACAGAGUCAGUCGGAGCUUUUUAGGAGAAAGGUUUCUGAUGAGCGUGAGCAGAUCCGUUUAAGAAGACUGGAAAGGCUGGGAACACCUGCAGGAUCACCAGCACCACAGCCAGCGUUAGAGCAGCAGCAGCAACAGUCACAGCCUCAACGCUCACCAGAAAAGAAACCCAAAUUCAGUCCAACAAUCCCAAAUCCCGCACCUUCUCGCGUCUCAGCACAGCAAAGACAGCCACCACAGCCAAAGCCAUCGACAAGCUCACCGAAGCCAACUCUCGAGCCAGCGCAGUGUGGAAUCGAGGAGUGGGAGAGCAGGGCUAUUCAAGCAUCUCUCAAAGUCACUAUCGAUGUGCAAAUAGCAGAUGCGACAUCCUGGACUGUGAGCUAUCUGAAGCCACUGCUGAACGAGUUGCACGACGAGCAGCCGAAUCACCCUGCACUUAAAUCGAAAAGACUCACUCCAGAUCUCAUCGACCAGGCUUUGAUUGCACGACUCAACCUCGAUCCAAACGCUAUGAUGGAUGACGCUGAAAUGCUUACUGUUAUCGCUAGCUUGCCGGCUAACCAGACAACUUUCGAGUAUCUUGUUGGCGCUUGGAGAAGAGCGCGUGGUCAAGCACUCCAAUUGUCCAAGAUCAAUUACAGCCAAUCAGACAAAGAUAGAGGUAUGGCACUCAUCAACAAGCUUAAAGACUUACUGCUUAGCUAUAUCGGCUUGACUAUCCAAGAUGCAACUAUGUUUGUCCAGACUUCAGAAAAACCAAGCGGCGCUGUUGAAUUCUUGCAAAUUCUCAUUCCUGAAGAAACUAGCUCAGAUCCAUAUGGUGAUGAUCGCGUCGGUAGAGUUGUCUCUCCAGAGCUGCAUAAAGUCUCUCCUGUUGAUCUACUUUCUGAAAUAGUCAGACGCUUCGACGGCGAUGGUUUGGAGGAUGUCAUUGGUCCAGUUAUACAACUUACAGCAGCCCAGGCCAAGGGUUUGGAUCUUACCGGUAUUAAGUGGAGAUCAGUUAUCACUGCUAUCGAAACACUCUUACAGUUCAAACCUAUUGCAGCAAUCUUCACAACCCUUCCUUCAUUUAUACCUAGUCCUGCCAAUGCUAAGACUAUCGAAAGUGAAUCAUUACUAGGUCCAAUGAUCAGUUUAUCUACUUUCUCAACCUCUGCACCUAAUAUUGCAAAGCUUUACUUCUCAGAUGCUUCAUUGGAGCGUGAAUAUCAAUCACCAAUCACGCAAAACACCCUCAGAUCUACUCUCGAAUCACUCCAGAGCAGCUUAUUUGGUAUUUUCAAUGUUUUGGUCAGAGCUUCUCCACAGUCUAGAGAGAAGGUGUUAGAUUUCUUCGCCACGGCUGCAAAUGUCAACUCCCAUCGUGGCGCUAUGCGUGUCGAUCCAAAGCGCGCUUCUGGUGAUGGAUUUGUAUUCAAUUGUCAAGUUAUACUUUCUAGAUUUGCUGACCCUUUCAUGGACGCUACGUUCUCAAAGAUAGACAAGAUUGAUCCAAAGUACUUCUGUCAUUCAAAGCGUCUGGAUAUCUCAGAUGAAACAAAGAUAAAAGCUGACAAAAGUGAAUCUGAUGCCUACUACAACGAAAACUCUAAAGAAGACAAACCUGUCAACUUUAUUAGCGAAAUUUUCUACUUGUGUCUUGCAUUCCAUUACCUCGGCUAUCACUGUGCGCAGCGUCAAUCAGGCAGUCUUAAAAAGCACAUUGAUAUGGUUGAGCCUCAGCUCAAAUCUCAGAGAGAGCAACUUUUGAAUGACCCUCGCUUUGCUCCAGGUACACCGGGUAGAAUGUUUGCAGAGAAGCAGCUCGAGAAACAAGAAGUUUUACUCAAGGAACGCAAAGCUGCUGUUGCUUCUUCAUGGAUUCAACUAGAUGAUCCUUCUUCGAUGUACAGAAUCUUGGGAUUCUACUCGUUCGCGACUACUUGGAUUGUGAGAUUCGUAGAUCCAUCCCAUCAACAUCCUCAAAAGCUCAUCAGCUUACCACUACCCGAAGAAAUUCCAAUCGAGUUCAAGAUGUUGCCCGAAUACAUCUUAGAAUCUACAGUCGAUUUCUUCAUUCAAUUGACAAGGCAUCAGCCACAUCUUCUUGAAAGCUCAGGUAAAGAAGAAUUGAUGAAUUUCUUGGUCACCUUUGUCUGUACUCCAAAGUAUAUUGGAAAUCCAUACAGUCGCAACAAGAUAGUUGAAAUCAUGUGGAAUGGUACUCACCCAUAUGGGUACUCAAGAAGCGGUGUAUUGAGUGACAGCAUCAACUACCAUAAACUCUCAUUAGAGCAUUUGAUGCCAUCACUCAUGUCAUUCUAUAUUGAUGUCGAACGCACAGGUGUCUCUAGUCAAUUUUACGACAGAUUAAAUGUUCGCUACAACAUCGCCAGACUUCUUAAAGUGAUUUGGAACAAUCCAACACAUCGUGACAAACUCAAACAAGAUACAAUGAAUAGCGAAAAGUUUGUCAGAUUUACUAAUUUGGUUAUGAACGACUCAACGUAUUUAUUGGAUGAAGCUUUGGGUAAGUUGGCAUCAGUAAGACACUAUGAAGAUGAAAUUGCGUCACCUGGAUUCUCGAACAAGCCUGAUAAUGAGAGAGAGGAGAUGGUACAAUCGUUGCAAGAGUCAGGUAGAGCUGCCGGUAGCUAUAUUGCUUUGGGUGGAGAAUCAGUCAGAUUACUCAAGUCUUUCACAUCAGAAGCCAAAGCUGCCUUCAUGGCACCAGAGAUUGUUGACAGAUUGGCAGCAAUGCUUUGCUACAACCUCGAUGCAUUAGCUGGUCCACGCUGUCAAGAGUUGAAAGUAAAUAAUCCCGAAAAGUAUGGAUGGAGACCUAGACAACUUCUCAAUGAUAUUAUUGACAUAUUUAUUAAUCUACACGAUUGCAAGGAGUUCGUUGAGGGUGUUGCAAAGGAUGGCAGAAGUUACUCAAAGGCACUGUUUGAACGUGCAGCCGGCAUUCUCAGGCGCAAAGCUAUUAAGACUGAUCAAGAGGUAGACCUAAUGGCUCGAUUUGUCAGUCACGUUGAGCAAGUCAGAGCUGAGAUGAUGGAAGAGGAUGAGGCUGAUAUUCCAGAAGAAUAUCAAGACAUGAUUAUGGCGACACUUAUGCGCGAUCCAGUCAUCUUGCCUGGCUCAAACGCUGUACUGGACAGAUCAACAAUCAAGAGUCAUUUACUUUCUGACAGUACAGAUCCAUUCAACAGAUCGCCACUAACAAUAGAUCAAGUAGAGCCACACACCCAACUCAAAGCAGAAAUAGACGACUGGGUGGCCAAACGCAGACAGGCUAAAUUAGAUGAGAUGACAAAAGCUACAAAUGCCAAUGAUGUAUUACCACCACAGAAUUGA